AAGAAGAAAAUAUGUAUAUUAAAAUUGAUAUGUCUUUUGUUGUACCAUUUCAAUAUAACCAAGAUAAAAAACAAGAACUUCAACAAUUAAUUGAUGAUAGUAUUAUUGAAUUCAAUUAUGAUAUUGAUUGUAAUAGUUUUACUAAAGAUGUAGAAGAACAUGAAAAUGUAAUUAAUAGUUGGUUAUCUACUUAUGGUGGAAUUACUGGUUUAAAGAAAAAAAUUGAAAAUAUGUAUACUUCUUCAAAACAAAAACUUUUUAAAAAAAGUGUUGGUAUUACAGAUAUGGGUUCACAUAAAUUUAAAGUAGUUCUUUUGUGUUUUGAUAAACCAAAUGAAGAUAAUGAAAGACCAUAUGGUGAAUUAAUCGCAAUACUUCAUCUUAAAUCAAAUGAUGUAGAAGCAAAGAAAAAAAUUAUAGCUAAUACUGAAGAAUUAGCUAGAUUAAUUCUUGCUCGUAGUAAUGAUACAUAUACUAUUGAAUAA